AAGAUAGGCUAUAUCUCCAUCUUUAGCAACGAGAUCAUCAUCAUUUGCAGCUAGAAAAAGAACCAAUUUUCCCUAUUUGUUGAGUCUCCUCUUAGCCCCACAUAUCACAAAAAACAUAAUAGACUUAAAAGUAUUUCAAUUUAAAGUAAUAAUCAGUUUCUAAACAGAAUUAUCUCAGAUGGGUGUUCUUCAGUAUACACUUCUCUACUUGAUCUUACUACAAUCAUGCAAGAUUAUUGCUUACAAAGACCAGGAGUGGAAGAAAGCUACUGCAACUCAUGCAAAUGACACAGAGGGAUCUCUUAUUACAGAAGGAGCAUGUGGUUAUGGAGACCUCCACAGGGCCAGUUAUGGGAAACACAGUGCUGGUUUAAGCACUAUUUUGUUCAACAGAGGGAGCACAUGUGGGGCUUGCUAUGAAAUCAGGUGUGUUGAUCACAUCUUGUGGUGUGUGAUGGGAAGCCCUUCUGUUGUUGUUACUGUUACAGAUUUCUGUGCUCCAAAUUAUGGGCUUUCUGUUGAUUAUGGUGGCUGGUGCAACUUUCCAAGAGAACAUUUUGAGAUGUCACGGGCAGCAUUUGCUGAAAUUGCCAAGAACAAAGCUGAUAUAGUGCCGGUUCAGUAUAGAAGAGUGAAGUGUGAAAGAAGUGGUGGCAUGAGAUUCACAAUGAGUGGGAGUUCUCACUUCUAUCAAGUCCUGAUUUCCAAUGUUGGUCUGGAUGGUGAAGUGUUUGCUGUGAAAGUGAAAGGAUCUAGAUCAGGAUGGAUACCAAUGGCCAGGAACUGGGGACAAAACUGGCAUUGCAAUUUCAACUUCCAAAAUCAGCCUUUGUCCUUUGAGGUAACCAGCAGCAGUGGAAAGACACUCACAUCUUACAAUGUAGCACCUGCAAACUGGAUGUUUGGACAGACAUUUGAAGGAAAACAAUUUGAGCAUGAGUAGAUUCAGAAGUCUAAGUAGGACAAAUUUUUGGGGGGAUUCAAUUUAUAACUUUAAGCUGUAAUUGAAAAACUAUGAUUAGUGAAAUCAGUUGUCAAAGAGCACAAGCUUAAUUGUAUAUUUUGCUCAUGAUUGAAUCCCUGUGGUAAAAAUGAUGAAAAGAAAAAAAAAAAGUUGCGCAAAGGGUAACCUAUGAUCCCUAUCCUUAAGAUCCUGUUGAUCAAAAGGCAGUCCAUUGGCGGAAUUUGUAAUUAUUUGAAAAGUAAUGUCCUGAAUAAGUAGUCAUAUGAAGAACUCAGUUUCUUUUC